CCCGUGGUCAGGGCAGCGAGCCUCACGCCCUGUCUGUCCCCUGUCCCUGCAGAUGUCAUGGCACCCCCAGAUCCGGAGCUCCAAGUUCCGCCACGUCUUUGGCAAACCCGCCAGCAAGGAGAACUGCUACGACUCGGUGCCCAUCACCCGCAGCGUCCAUGACAACCACUUCUGCGCCGUGAACCCCCAGUUCAUCGCGGUCGUGACGGAGUGUGCUGGUGGGGGGGCCUUCCUCGUCAUCCCCCUGCACCAGACGGGGAAGUUGGACCCCCACUACCCGAAGGUCUGCGGGCACAGAGGGAACGUCUUAGACAUCAAGUGGAACCCUUUUGAUGAUUUUGAGAUCGCCUCCUGUUCUGAAGAUGCCACGAUUAAGAUCUGGGACAUCCCCAAGCAGCUGCUGACAAAGAACCUCACAGCCUGCAGGAAGGAGCUGGUGGGCCACGCCCGCCGCGUGGGCCUGGUGGAGUGGCACCCCACGGCCGCCAACAUCCUUUUCAGCUCCGGCUACGACUACAAGGUGAUGGUCUGGAACCUGGAUACAAAGGAGUCUGUCAUCAUCAGCCCUGUGAGGACAAUUGACUGUCACCAGGACGUGAUCCUCUCCAUGUCCUUCAACACCAACGGCAGCCUGCUGGCCACCACCUGUAAAGACCGCAAGAUUCGGAUUCUCGACCCCCGAGCAGGGACCGUUCUCCAGGAAGCCAGCUACAAGGGGCACCGGGCCAGCAAAGUGCUGUUUCUGGGGAACCUGAAGAAGCUGCUGUCCACGGGCACGUCCCGAUGGAACAACCGGCAAGUGGCCCUGUGGGACCAGGAUGACCUGUCUGUGCCUCUGACAGAGGAAGACCUGGACGGCUCCUCAGGCGUGCUGUUUCCCUUCUAUGAUGCGGACACCAACAUGCUCUACGUGGUGGGGAAGGGAGAUGGGAACAUCCGCUACUACGAAGUGAGCGCCGACAAACCUCACCUUAACUACCUGACCGAAUACCGCUCCUACAACCCACAGAAGGGGAUCGGUGUCAUGCCAAAGAGGGGUCUCAACGUGUCCUCCUGUGAGAUCUUCCGUUUCUACAAGCUGAUCACAACCAAAAGCCUCAUCGAGCCCGUGUCCAUGAUUGUACCCCGGCGGUCAGAAUCCUACCAAGAGGACAUCUACCCACCCACGGCAGGCGCCCAGCCCUCUCUGACGGCCCAGCAGUGGCUCAGUGGGAUGGAUAAAGGGCCAGUCCUGGUGUCCCUCAGGCCCGGCUCUGAGCUGCUGAGCACCCGGCCGCUGCUUCCAGAGAGACCCCUCUCCAAUUCCAUGGCCUCCGCCUCGCCCCGGCUCUCCAACCAGACGGAAAAGCUGGCUGCAGAAGAUGGCCGGAGGCCCUUCUCCCUGCUGGAGGAGAAGGCGCCCAGGUGGGCAGCAGAACAGAGGCUGGAGGAGAAGAAAACUUGGUUCACAAACGGCUUUGACAUCUUCGAAUGCCCCCCACCAAAGACGGAGAAUGAGCUGCUGCAGAUGUUCUACCGGCAGCAGGAGGAGAUCCGGCGGCUGCGGGAGCUGCUGACCCAGCGCGAGGUGCAGGCCAAGCAGUUGGAGCUGGAGAUCAAGAACUUGCGGAUGGGCUCAGAGAGGUUCUGAGCAGAGCUCUGCCCUCCUCACCCUCAGGGACACCACUCGGCGCCAUGGGGAGGUCCAGGACCAACCACAGGUCCCCCGAGGACAGCUGCUGUUUCUGUCAAUUUUACCAGAAAACGAAACUUUGGGUCGCUGAAAGAUUCCAGUGGGACGCGGUGCCAUUUUUCUAUUUGCCUUCUCGAAACAAUGGUGUCUGAGUGGACUCUUUUUAGAUGACCUUGCCUUCUGUUUAAUUUGUGUU